GAUUUUCCGUUAAAUACAGCAUACAAAUUCCAAAACAAAUGUGCGCACUCGCCGCCGCCGCAAACGCAGCGCAAUAAGAUAUUUUCCUACCCGUGUACAAACAACACAAUACGCAUCUAAACGCAAACGUCGUUGUCGCAUUAUUACAGCUACAAAAGAAGCAGAGAGUGGAAUACAAAAUAAUAUCAUUGCAAAAAAAAAGUGAAAUUAAGUGUUUUAAACAAAAGGAAAAGAAACCAUAAAAAAAACAUGAACAUGACAUGGCCGCGUCUCGUUUACACAAUAACUCAAAAUUAAUUUAAUAUGCUGGCAAAUGAGCAAAGCGAAAAGCAAGCUAAAAGGCUUUGAAUUGCGAAGGAGUUCUCCUGAACGGCUGCUUUUAUCGCCAUGGCCGCCGCAUCUGCUGGCCAGCAACAGCAGCAACAUCAGCACCAGCACAAGCUGAACAUAGCUGGGAGUGCUGAGACGGUGGUCAGCGGGAUGCAACAUCAGCAGCAACAUCAGCAGCAGCAUCAACAGAUCAAUAUGUUCAAGCAGCAGCAGCAAAUGUUGCCUCUGCAGCAGCAACAUCAUCAGUUUUUCCAGCAGCAACAAACGAAAUUUGUAUCGCGGGUCGUUACAAGUGCAGCGGUGCAUCAGCAGCAGCAGCAACAUCAUCAUCAGCAGCAGCAGCAGCAGCAACACCAGCAACAGCAACAGAUAUUACCAGCUGGCUUGGUAAACGGCAAUGGCAGCGGCAACAUGAUGCAAGUAGCAAAUCUGCAUCUGCAGCAGCAACAGCAGCAGCGAAACAGUCAGCAGCACAUAUUUGUCUGCCCCACCAGCAACCAGCAGCUCCUUUUGCAACAGCAGCAGCAACAGCAGCAGCAGCAACAACAGCAACAAACCAAACAGCGCCAGGCGCAAAUAAAGUUGCCAAUAAAGUCAGCGGCAACAACGGGAGUAACGGCAGCAACUGUUGCUGCUGCAACUGCUGCUACUGGGGCAACGCAUUGCAUGUCGACAACAAUUGCGGCGCGUCAAAUGAGUCAGAACAAUCAGCUCUAUGCCAAGAAUGUUGCCAAAGCCAACAAUGCCAGUAGCAAUGGCAAUAUCAACAGGAAGACGGCCACUAGCUACAAUGGAAAUUUGGCCCCCGGCUGGCGUCGCUUGACCAACAACAAUGAGGUGGCCUAUAUCAGCCCCUCGGGCAAAACGCUGCGCACGCAGUUCCAGAUCAAGGACUAUCUGCUCACACAGGGUACCUGCAAGUGCGGCCUGCCGUGUCCGCUGCGCCCGGAGUAUCUAUUCGACUUUAAUGCACAGGUGCCCAACCAGCCGCUCAAGUUGCCAACGGAGGCGUCAACGGCGACGCCGACACCUUGCCGGCACCAGCGGCGAUUUCUUGAAUCUCAGCAGCUUCAGCUGCCACAGCAGCAGCAACAGCAACAACAUCUGCAGCAUCAGCAGCAGCAACAACAGGCUGUCAAAGAUGUAUCUGUAGACGUAGCCGUAUCCGUAUCUGGGCCAGCAGCUGUCAGCGAUGUGUUCUCCACGCUGAUGACAUCGACAGCGAGAACGGCGACGAUGGUGACACCAACAGCAGCAACAUCACCAGCCCAGGCGGCAACAACCACCACACAUGAAAUGGCCAACAAAGACGCUGAUUGCCACAAAUACGGCAAUAACAAAUUACCUGCCACAAACCGGACGGCGACCACGCCCACGCCAGCUCCAACGCCCCCGCCUCAGCAUCCAAAUGGGAUGCCAACUAGUCAAGCAUUAGCAUUAGGCGGAGUUCCAGUUGGCGUCCAUCCCAAGCGUCCAACUGGGGGCCAUGUGAUAAAGCAACCAGCCUCCGUUCUUGGGCCACCAUGCACGCCGCCUUUGGCUGUCGGCGGAGCCAACACAGUCAUCCAACAGCAGCAGCCGCUACAGCAACAUCCAAACUUUAAGGACGAUCCUGCUGGCUAUCUGCAACAGCAAACAGCACUGUUGCAUAACAGUCUUGGAGUCGGUUUGGAUGCAACGAAAACGGCGGCUGGAACAUCCACUGCGAGAGCUCUGCCACAGGAACCCAUUGUUCACAGCUCCCAGCAGCAACAGCAGCAGCAGCAACAACAACUACAGCAACAGCAGCAGUUGCAGCGCCAAAAGAUCCGACGCCUGUCGCUCUUUGGAAAAUGGGAAACUGAUCCAGCACCUGCCACCAAUUCUCAACCAACAAAUGGAACACGAGCACUGCAAGUGGAUGCUGCUGCCUUUGCACGACCACAGAAACCACAGGUCACUUGCGUAACACUGGUGCCACCUCCACAGGAGUCUCCAGUAUCGAGUAGUGCAGCCGAGACGCUAGAGAAACGACCCGAGCAGGUGGGAGCCAUAUCCACCAGUCACGAGAGUCCGCGUCAGAGUCUGUCGUCGCCCACGGAUUCGGUUGACUCUGCAAAGAGCACGCCUUCAGCUUCACCCAAACCCCAAACGCAAGUCCCAAUGCAGCCGCAGUUGCUGCAGAUGCGCCCGCAUCUCCAGGCCAAUCUUUCCGCUCAAACGCCCGUCACUGUGCCCGCACAUGUACGUGUUAUGCGGCAGCAGCAGGCUCAGAUAAUUCCCGGCCAACGAUUGCCAGUGGCUAGCAGCAGUGCUGCGAUGGCCACGAUGACCAGGAGCAUAGUGACCUCCACGGCGGGAACGAGUACGAUUACAGGGCGUCCUGUGGCCACCACGUUAAACAACUCGAAUCCCACUGUGGCGCAGUUGCAAUCCAUGGCGAAUGCCAUGAACGGAGCAGGUGGUGGUGGACAAUUGAUAAUGACUUCUUCGGGACAACUACUGGUCAUACCGACGCCCAGCAAGCAGACAACGCAACAUCAUCGCCCAGGUCAGCCCGGACAAGGUGUCAUCAUCCAGCAACAGCAGCCGGCGGAGUUGCAUCCUCAACCGGGUGGUGGUUAUAUCGUCAGCCAGCCCUCUCCGGUGGCGGCGGCAAGCUCCAGCAGUAGCAGCAGUACUGUGAUCCUAAACUCCGGUGGAGCCAAGUUGUUGCACCACCAGAUCAUCACCUCGCAGGCUGGACAGAUUAAUCAAGCGACUUCAGGAGGAUCAGGAAACCAGCCGCAAACGGUGCUGCUCAACACACUGCCCAAUGGAGGUUACAUCGUCCAGCAGCAGCCGCAAACGCAGUCGCCACAGCAGGCAGAACAGAUCCUGGCGAUGCCGCAACCGCCGCCGGCGCAAACACUUAUCAUCAGCUCGCCGGACACCAAGAGGAGAGCGCGGAAGCGCAAAAGUUCUGUAUGCCAUACACCGCCGCCAAGUGGAUCGCCCGCCAAAAUCAUUUCGCCUCAGAUCUCGCCCAGCAUCCCAAACCAGGCACCAGCUCUGCUUCACCAGCAGGCAGCUGCAGCGGCGGCUGCUGCUCCUCAAUUCCAGCAACAAUUCCAAUUGAGUCCUGGUAUUCAGGGAAUUGUGGUAAACAAACCUAAUCCCCCUCAGCAACCACAGACGCAGCAGCUUCUGCUCCAGAAUGGGCAAAUCUUGCAACAGGUUAAUCUCAUUGGACAGCAGCUUCUCAUGCCGGCCGGGUUGGUAAUGGGACCAGAUGCCACACUGUUACAGAUCCAAAAUAUGCCCGCAACAAGCUUGAUGACACCGCAGGGUCCCGUGAUGUUGAGAACGCCAUCGCCACAGAACAAACCCUCUUUCAUAUCCCCGAGUGCCGGAGGCCAACAGUACUUAGUGGGUGCCAAUGGCCAGUUGAGUCCCAUCGGUCAGAUCUACUCCACGCCCAUGGGUCUGGUCAUGCCAACCGGUCAGCAGGGAGGUGCAUCCUUUGUGCAGGCUAGUCCCACGACAACAACUAUACAGAUCCAACAACAGCCAGCCCCGCAGCCCACGCAGAUCAGUUUGCAGCCAGCACAGGCCACCUACAUGACAGAGACGGUGAUGAGUCGCCAGGGAACGGCCGCCAGUCCGCCGGACACAACUACCUGUAGUCCACGAAGUCCGGAGCGGCCUUCCAGCCAUCGCAGCAGCGGUAGCGAUAUGGUACAAUGUGUAUCCAGUUCGGAGCCGGAUGCAGCUGUCUCUCCCCAAAGUACUGAGAGUCGGCAGUCGCCCUCUUCAACGGACUGUGAGAGGAGCAUUUGUAAGAACAAUGUGUUUACCCAGCCCAGUGGGAUCUACAAGCAUUCGGAGCCAAAGAUCAGACGCAUCCACAUCACCUCACAGACGUCGGCGGAGAACGGAAUUAGCCUGAUGCAGGGACAAGGUAUGCGCCUGGCGACAUCUAACACAAACUCCACAUCUGCAUCCAUGUCUAUAACAUCGUCAUCGUCGGCACCACUAACCACAACUGCUCUGGCUGGUCAACGCCAGCUUAUGCACCGCCAGCAGGCCGUGCACCAUCACAUCCCAAACAUCUCCAAUAGCCAUCCAAACACCUUCCUUCAUAGCCACAAAGUAGUUAACUUUGACUAUCAGGGUAAGGACCCAUCGCUGACCAGCACUAAUUGCAUCCACACGCUAACCCACCAACACAACACCACCCGUUUGGCGACUGCAUGAUCGCCUGCACCACCUACAGCACAUGUACCUGCACCUUUGUUUAGUUUAGAAUCUCUACCCUUCGUCUGUACUUCGCUGGGUGCUGGGAUCACCAUUGCCCCCGAGUAACCAAAUUCGUAGUCCUAGUUUCUAUGAGUGUGUGUGUGUGCCUUUCGUAGAGUCGCCCACCACAACGCAGCUGCUUUCAUCAGUUCCAACCGCUCAACCAACAGUCGAGAAGACGACGGUCAGGACGCCCACGAAACGUUCGCGCCGACCGCAACGAGGGGCAGCGCGUGCGGCGCCCUCGGCGUCUGAUAAAAGUUUCCCGCUGCCACCACGAUCCUUUGCCAUUGGGGAACUGAUAUGGGGUCCAGCUCGGGGCCAUCCCGCCUGGCCCGGAAAGAUUGUCAAGAUGCCAGACGGAGUGUGCACGCCGUCGCAGCAAUUCGACCACGUCUGGGUUCAGUGGUUCGGCGGCGGCGGUCGUUCGACCUCCGAGCUAAUUCCGGUCAACUCAUUGCAGAGUCUCUCCGAGGGUCUGGAAGCACAUCACAAGGCCCAGAAGGAUACGAGAAAGAGCCGCAAACUGAACUCGCAGCUCGAGCGGGCCAUACAAGAAGCAAUGACUGAGUUGGAUAACAUUUCAGCCUCCUCGACACCCGCAGCCACAUCCUCGUCAUCCGCAACCAUCUCUGCUGUUCCCGCAUCAGCAGGACCAGCUGUAAUUGGCGGACAACAGCAGUAUCAGCAGCAGCAGCAGCAGCAACAGCAGCAGCAAUCGCCCUCUUCAACGAACAACAAAAUAAAUGGACUCGCGCGGAGCAAGCGCCAGGCCAACACAAGUGGGGCCAGCAUGGUGCUGACCACCAGUACGGCGGCCACAUUGAGUGGCCUCUUCAAUCAGCAGCGAGCCAAGCCCAUACGCAUUGCUCCGGCUCCACCGGUGGCCACAACGGGCACAGGCAACAUUGGGACGAUAGCAGCAGCUGGAGCUGCAGCAGCUUCAACUGGAACCGGGACAGCGACAACAUCGGCCCGUUCCGAGAUCCUGAAGCUGGCCAAAUGACCAGCGCUGUCGACGUUAUCGUCGACAGUGAGCACAGCCAGCUACACCCUCGUUAUCGGGCAUAAGUAGUGGGCAGCAGGAGGAUACAUACCGCCAGGCCAUAUAUAUAGAGUUAUCCAUACAUAUGUGACGAUACGAGUAUAGAGUUUAGUGUUAGGUGUCAGGCCUCAGCUUUGGAGUUUGUUGUUUUGUAUUCUUUGACAGACUCCCCGCUUAGUUGCGUCGCUGGGCGGCGCGCGCCACACUUUCGAAAUAGACAAUAAAACAGCAAGAUGAUGUUAAUGAAAAUCAAGUUACAAAGAGCAGUUCUAACAAUUAGCGAUAGGUUUUUGGCUUCAUAGACAGCGCCUCGGCGCAAAUUUGCGUUGUUUUGUAUAUAGUAAGCACCAAAAGCUACCAAGAUGUUUCGUAUUAAGUAUUUAUUUAUUGCAUAUAGAUCCUUGGUUUUUAUAGGUUUUGUUUUCGUUGCAAUUUAUAGACCUACCGAUUAUUUGUAUAAAUAGGUAACCUAAGCUGAUACUUAGCCACUAAGUUUAAAGAACAUCCACAACAAUUACAUUUGCCUUGUCAAGCAAAUGAUAUCAAAUCAAAAACAGCUACUGAUUUUCAUUUAUUGUGAUUGCACAAAUUGUUUUUUAAACUCUAGAAGAACAAAUUAUUUAUGUCAAACACAAAAAGGUAAAAAUCAUGAGAAAAUUAGGAAGGGUGGAAAAAAAUUAUAUUUAUAAAUUGUUAUUAUUUAUUUAGUUGAAACUAUUGUAAAAUUAUAAUUGUAAAACAAAAAUGAAAUCACACUUAGCGGAAACACACGGAGCAAAUAAAAAUUUAAAAAAC